CACUCUUAUUCUUUUUCCGCUGAAAAAUCUCAAUUUUCUUCAUCUUUAAUUUCUUCCUCAAAAAUCUCGACCGCGAAAGAAGCUUUUACAAUUAGCCUUUGCCGCUCAAAACUUAAACCAAUUCAAAAACCCUAAAUCGAUUUAGAAUUAUCUAUUUCUAUUUUUUCUCCCUCUUUUUCCUCUUAGAUACAUGUAUAUUGUACUUCCAGAUCUGUUAAUUUUCCUUUUAUGUUCUUUUUCCAUUUUCACUUAUUUUCAAUUUUAAUAACUGUAACAAGGUUAAGAUCUGUUCUAUCAAAAAUUUGUUUGGCGAAUUCAAAUCCGAGGAGGGUUUCUUCUUUGGAAGAUUAUUAUACACGUUCUUUGAAUGUUUGUACAAGGAUUUGACACUCUUAUUUGCAUUGAUUUCGAGCUUUGUUUUGAAUGGUGGUUUUACUCAAUUGGGGAACUUUAAUAUAUAGAUACUGGAAGUGUUGGGUAUCAAAUUCAAAAUCUGAAUCGAUUAUUAUGGGAGAAAGGGAAAAUUCUGUAUUAGCAUUACCCAGUAAUGAAAUUGAUGAUUUAAAGAAUGAUACAAAUGUAUUGAAGAGGGAUUUGGGUUGUGUUCUUAAUGAAGCAGAGUUUGAGGCAUCACCUAGAAAGAAACUUGCAAUUGAACCCUCCCAUACAAAUUUCGAUGAUAUAUUAUCUGAAGUAUUGGACCCUAUAGUUCCGAUGACGGUAGAGAACAAAAAUGAGAAUGAGAAUGAGAAUGAAAACAAUAACGAGAAUGAGAAUGAGAAUGCUUCGAGCUUGGAGACUACUAGCAAUCAUCCAGCUGACUUAGAUGGAAGUUGUAUUAAUCGUGCUAUUUGUAAUGAAACAUCUGAAAGUUCAGGAAAUUCCUGCACUAUGAAUUGUAGUGAUGAGGUGACUAGGGGUAGCGAUUCUUUUGGAGUUUCAACUUCCCAAGUUACACGGGAAAUCCCUAAACAUGCUAGCACCACCGGUAUUCGAAAGAUUACAUUCAAGUUUCGUAAGAGUAAAGAGGGUUGUGAAAAUAAAUUAUCUACACCAGCUCGAGUUUCCUCAAACGGGCUUUAUGAUGGUGAUUCAGUUAUUGAUUCUAAUGAUGAGCUUGGGUUGGAUGAUUCGCACGAUCGUUUCUUGUAUAAUAUGGAGUUGAAGAUGUCGAAAAAGGUUCUCCCAGAUAGCUAUCCCACAAACGUUAAAAAGCUGUUGGCAACUGGUAUAUUGGAAGGAGCAAAAGUGAAAUAUAUUUGCACUUCUGGGAAGAAGGAGAUACCUGGGGAAAUACGAGGUUGUGGAUACCUCUGUGGCUGUUCAGCUUGUAACUUUACCAAUGUCCUUAGUGCCUAUGAAUUUGAGCAGCAUGCUGGUGGGGCGAAAACCAGACAUCCAAACAAUCACAUCUUUUUGGAGAAUGGGAGGCCAAUUUACAACAUUAUUGAAGAGCUGAAGACUGCUCCGUUUGGGCUACUUGAGGAAGUGGUGACUCAUAUUGCUGGCUCAUCUGUCAAUCAAGCCUCAUUCCAAGCUUGGAAAGAAGGUCUUCAACAGUGCAAUGAGUUGAUUCAGACAGAAAGGAAAUGUCAAAGUAAAUUGUGUAGCGUUUCUUCAACACAUAACAGCUUGACAAGAGUAUCUAUGAAUGAUGAGCAAGGAGUUUUUAAAAGAAGAUUUUUGCCUUCAAAACAGGAGGGGAAACGGUUGAAUGAUUCUACAUCAUUCUAUACUGGAUUACAGAAAAGAAGUGGUGAAGGUGGUGUGAAGAAGAGGGAUAAUGAUCUGCACAGAUUGCUCUUUUUACCAAAGGGGCUUCCAGAUGGUGCUUAUUUGGCAUACUAUGCUAAAGGACAGAAAGUUCUUGAUGGUUACAAGCAAGGUAAUGGUAUUGUCUGUGGUCAUUGUGAGUAUGAGAUUAGCCCUUCGCAAUUUGAAGCUCAUGCAGGAUGGGCGGCCAGAAGACAACCUUAUCGGCACAUUUAUACUGCCAAUGGGCUUACUCUACAUGACCUAGCCAUUUCGCUAGCAAAUGGACAGACUCUGACUACUGGAAACAAUGAUGACAUGUGUACACUAUGUGGAGAUAGAGGAGAGCUGAUUCCUUGUGGCGGCUGCCCUAGGGCUUUCCACCAAACUUGUCUAAGCUUGCUGGAUGCUCCUGUGGGUGAUUGGCGCUGCCCUAAUUGCAAUGAAAGAAAAUCUAAUGUAGACUCUUUGACUAGUUCUAAGCCAAUCAUUAUCAGGUUGUCACGAGUUGUUAAGAAUUCUGAAACUGUUUGCGGUGGCUGUGCUCUCUGCAGGGAAAAUGAUUUCAGUGUUGACAACUUUGAUGACAGAACUGUUAUAAUAUGUGACCAAUGCGAAAAGGAAUAUCAUGUUGGUUGCUUGAGAAAGGAUGGGCGCUGUGAUUUGAAAGAACUUCCGAAAGACAAAUGGUUCUGCUGCAAUGACUGUGACAGGAUUUUUGUCACUCUAAGUAACCUUGUUGUAAGAGGAUCAGAUGACAUUCCAUCAUCCGAGUCCAUCAAAAUAAACAGGAAACUUUUGGAGAAAGGAUUGAGCGAGGUUUCUGAUGUUGAUAUACAAUGGCGUAUACUGAGUGGGAAAUGUCGCCAUGAUGAACAUCUACCUCUGCUUUCUAAGGCUAUUUCCAUUUUUCGAGAGUGUUUUAGUCCUAUAAAGGCGAAGACUGGGCGUGAUUUGAUUCCUGUUAUGGUUUACGGAAGGAAUAUAUCAGGCCAGGAAUUCGGAGGAAUGUAUUGUGUUCUUUUGACGGUCAAGUCAGUUGUCGUCUCAGCUGGUCUUCUUAGAGUUUUUGGUCGUGAGGUAGCUGAGCUUCCCCUUGUUGCCACAAGCAAGGCAUAUCAAGGAAAAGGUUACUUCCUCACAUUAUUCUCUCGUAUUGAGAAAUUGCUUUGUGAUUUGGGAGUGCAGAACCUUGUGCUUCCAGCUGCAGAUAAAGCCAAGUAUAUGUGGGUAAAUAGACUAGGUUUCAGAGAUAUGAGCCUGGAAAGGUUGUCUGUAUAUACCAGGGAGUUUCAAUUGACAGAGUUCAGCGGAACGGUUAUGUUGGAGAAGAAAGUGGGGAGUUGUUGAUUGACGUAGAUUUAUCUUCCUGAUUUCAGUGGUCCAUAACUAAAUUAUUUUCGUCUUCAAUGAAUCCCCACCCCUGAAGCAAAAAUGAAAAGAAAAAAGUUGGAAGCGGAAUGAACGAUGGGAUUUAAUCAGAUUCAGAAAAAACUGGUCUGUUUGCUGUCGCUUUUUCGUGUUAUAUACUUAUAUAUUUUUGUAGAAAACAAGAGCGCAAUCCGGAAGAGAUAAGACAAAGGGAGUGAGAUCUUAAUAGUGGAAAUAUUAGUUCAUCUUCUUCAUUCUGACUUGAUAGUGUGUUUUAAGGGGAGAAUUUUGUUGUAGAUAAGCUGGUUUUUAGUGGUAUAGCAUAUAAGAUGAGCAAAGUUUGUGUUAUCGAAACUAUUUUUGAGCGACUCUCGUAAGAGACGAUCUUUCAGUGAGAUGACAUUAAAAUAAAAAGUUCGUAUGCUAAUAAUUAUUUAGUUGGUUUAUUCAGCCUAUGUAUGAAGAGUUUCUCACAGUGGGAUCGUAUCAUACAAUAAUUUGUUAACUUUUUAUUUCAUAUUUUCGUUGCAAGUUUC